AUGCGCAGGCCACUGCAGCCCCUGGAUCUUCCCAUUAUUAAGCACCUCAAUUCAAAGAGAGUAAUUCUAGCCUCUGCCUCUCCGCGGAGGAAACAGCUUCUGCAGCAGAUGGGCCUCACCAAUUUGGAGAUUACUCCGUCAAACAAGCCGGAAGAUCUUGACAAGAAGACGUACGGCCCCUGGGAAUACGUCGCAACUACCGCUCGUAACAAGUGUCUUGACGUUUACACUACCACGUUGGAGACACAUCUUGCUUCUAUCCCUGAUCCUGCCCUUGUUAUAGCCGCGGACACCAUCAUUGUCACUCGUGACGGGCGUAUUCUGGAGAAGCCCCGGAGCGAAGCCGAUCACUUGCGAAUGCUCAAGCACCUGCGCGACACACGCAUGCAUAGAGUGCUGACUUCGGUGUCUGUGCUAGCCCCUCGAGAGGACGCAAGACAUCCGGGUUACGACAUCCAAAGCCAUACUGAAGAGACCAAGGUUUACUUUUGGGAGGAGGGCAACGGGCUACCAGACGAUGUCAUUGAGGCCUAUGUUAAGACCAGAGAGGGCGUUGACAAGGCUGGUGGAUACGGCAUCCAAGGAAUUGCUGGAAUGCUGUUGGUGGAAAAGAUUGAGGGGAGCGUUGACAAUGUAAUCGGACUGCCCGUAAAGAAGACGUUGACAUUGGCGGAAAAGGUCAUCUUCCAGCAGGAUCAGGAUGAUUAUGACGAUGAAGGAUCAGCUUCAGAAUGA